GGGAGUUCAUGCCACUAGACGGGAAGAGUUUCUCCUGCUGCCGAGUUGACAGCGCCAGCAAGGAGCAUAAGCGAGGUUCCAAGUAUAAUCCUGCCACAACAGAGAUUAUACAUUGUGAAACAGAUGAUGCCUUGGUGUCAUAUCCCAAAUCUGCAGGCGUGUUUUGAUUUACAAUGGUUGAUACAGAAAUGCCGUUUUGGCCCAUGAACUUUGGAAUUAGCCCAGUGGACUUCUCAGGGAUGGAUGAGCACUCACAUUCCUUUGAUAUAAAGCCUUUCACUACAGUUGAUUUUUCAAGCCUUUCUUCACAACAUUAUGAGGACCUUCCUCCUCUCACAAGAACUGACCAGAUGGCUGUUGACUAUAAAUAUGACGUGAAGUUUCAAGAAUGCCAAAAUGAAAUCAAGAUGGAGCCUCCUUCUCCACCAUACUUCUCAGAAAAAGUGCAGAUGUACAAUAAACCUCAUGAAGAGACCUCCAAUUCUCUAAUGGCUAUUGAAUGCAGGGUUUGCGGAGACAAAGCGUCUGGAUUCCAUUACGGAGUGCAUGCAUGUGAAGGCUGCAAGGGUUUCUUUCGCAGAACAAUCCGGCUAAAGUUAAUCUAUGAUCGGUGUGAUCUCAACUGUCGCAUUCAUAAGAAAAGCAGAAAUAAAUGUCAGUACUGCAGAUUCCAGAAAUGCCUUGCAGUUGGAAUGUCACAUAAUGCUAUCCGGUUUGGGCGAAUGCCACAGGCUGAGAAGGAGAAGCUAUUGGCGGAGAUUUCUAGUGAUAUCGACCAGCUAAAUCCCGAGUCUGCUGACCUGCGGGCCCUUGCCAAGCUCCUGUAUGAUUCAUACAUAAAGUCCUUCCCGCUAACCAAAGCCAAGGCGAGGGCGAUCUUGACAGGAAAGGCAACAGACAAGUCGCCAUUUGUCAUUUAUGACAUGAAUUCCUUAAAGAUGGGAGAAGACCAGAUCAAGUGCAAACAUCUGACCCCCAUGCAAGAGCAGAAUAAAGAGGUUGCCAUCCGUAUCUUCCAGCGCUGCCAGUUCCGUUCCGUCGAGGCUGUUCAAGAGAUCACAGAAUUUGCCAAAAAUAUUCCAGGUUUUGUAAGUCUAGACCUGAACGACCAAGUAACUCUCCUGAAAUAUGGGGUUCAUGAGAUCAUCUACACACUCCUUGCCUCCAUGAUGAAUAAAGAUGGUGUUCUCAUUUCCAAUGGACAAGGGUUCAUGACUCGGGAGUUCCUGAAGAGCCUCCGGAAACCCUUUUGUGACUUUAUGGAGCCCAAGUUUGAGUUUGCUGUCAAAUUCAACGCACUGGAAUUAGACGACAGUGACCUGGCAAUAUUUAUAGCUGUCAUUAUUCUUAGUGGAGAUCGCCCUGGAUUAAUAAAUGUGAAGCCCAUUGAAGAUAUCCAAGACAAUUUGCUGCAAGCUUUAGAACUCCAGUUGAAGCUGAAUCACCCAGAGUCAUCACAGCUGUUUGCAAAAUUGCUGCAGAAAAUGACAGACCUCAGACAGAUUGUAACAGAACAUGUGCAGCUGUUGCAAAUUAUAAAGAAAACGGAGACAGAUAUGAGCCUUCAUCCACUCCUACAAGAAAUUUACAAAGACUUGUAUUAAGGGAUGUAGAAUUUCUAAUCCAUUGACAUGAUGUACGUUGUUCAAAUUGCACUACUUCUUUGAGAGGGAAAAAUAUUACAUACUUAAGAAAUUACUGUGAAGAAAAAGCAUUUUAAAAAGAGAGGCAGAGCUUUUACUAUUAUAGAUCUAUUUUAUGCCUAUUGUUUAUAAAGACACAUUUACAAUUUACUUUUAAUAUUAAAAUGUAUAUAUAUAUAUAUAUUAUAUAUCAUUAAAUUGUUGGCAGUAUUUUCCAGAUUAAUUUUUUUUAUCUGUCUUAUUUUAUAAACCAUAAUUGCUUGUUCAAUAUGAUUAAAAAAUAUCAUU